GCCGAUUCGGCGGUCCCUCGGAGGGAGCGGCGGGCGGGUUGGCGUUCGCCGGCGCGGGCGGUGAAGGUUAUCUGGAGCCGAUCUGGUUCUCUCGCGGCCUCGGUGUGUGGGCGGCUCGGGGAGGAUACGAGGAGGCGAAGCAAGGCCAUGGGGCUCGCGCCGCCGGAGCUGGGGCAGUUCGACGGGUGGGAGAGCUCCGGGGAGGAGGAGCGGGAGCGGGAGCGCUGGGGCUGGUGCCGCCGCAGCCGACGCGGCAGCAGCAGGCGCCGCGCGUCCCCCAAGGCCGCCGGCGACGACGACACCACCGUCGCCACCGGCUGCUGCAUUCGCCUCUGGCCCGUGGGGACCUGCCAGCCGCCGCCGCCGCCGAGGUCCAAGGUCGACACCUCCACCAGCAGCGCCAGCACGCACGGCGCAGAGAAGUCAACAGAAAAUGGUAGCAGGAACCAACCGGCUGCAUUAGUAGUCUCAGGUUCUACAACUACUAGUAAUGCUGAGAGCAGUUCAUCUGCAUCUAAAGUUGGAGAGGAAAUAAAAGUUGCCUCUCAGCUGCGCAAAUUCGCAUUCAAUGAUCUAAAAUGUGCGACCCGGAACUUCAGGCCUGAAAGUCUUCUUGGAGAAGGGGGUUUUGGAUGUGUUUUUAAGGGGUGGAUUGAAGAGAACGGAACUGCACCUGUGAAACCUGGUACAGGUCUCACAGUUGCUGUCAAGACGCUCAAUCAUGAUGGGCUUCAAGGGCACAAAGAAUGGGUGGCUGAAGUUGAUUUUCUUGGAAACCUUCACCAUCCUAACUUGGUCAGAUUGAUUGGAUAUUGUGUUGAAGAUGACCAAAGAUUGCUGGUGUAUGAAUUCAUGCCUCGUGGCAGUUUGGAUAACCAUCUAUUCAGAAGAUCUCUUCCGCUCCCAUGGGCCAUCAGAAUGAAGGUUGCUCUUGGAGCAGCAAAGGGUCUUGCUUUCCUUCAUGAAGAAGCAGAAAGACCAGUCAUUUAUCGUGAUUUUAAAACAUCUAAUAUACUGCUAGACGCGGAGUACAAUGCAAAGCUCUCAGAUUUUGGGCUUGCCAAAGAUGGCCCUGUAGGUGAUAAAACCCAUGUCUCUACUCGAGUAAUGGGGACCUAUGGGUAUGCAGCACCGGAGUAUGUCAUGACAGGUCAUUUGACAUCAAAGAGUGAUGUUUAUAGCUUUGGGGUAGUGCUCCUCGAGAUGAUGUCAGGGCGCAGGUCAAUGGACAAGAACCGCCCGAAUGGGGAGCACAACCUCGUCGAAUGGGCACGCCCCCUCCUAGGAGAGCGGCAGCGCUUCUACAAGCUAAUCGACCCCCGCCUAGAGGGCAACUUCUCCGUCAAAGGUGCCCAGAAGGCAGCGCAACUAGCUCGUGCCUGCCUCAGCCGUGACCCCAAGGCACGGCCGCUGAUGAGCCAGGUGGUGGAAGCCCUCAAGCCGCUGCUGAACCUCAAGGACAUGGCCAGCUCCUCCUAUUUCUACCAGACGAUGCAGGCGGAGCGUAUGGCGCACUCAAGCAGCAUGAACGGGAGGAGCCUCAAGGCACAGGGCCCGUUCGCAGCGCGGAACGGGCAGCAACCGGUGAGGAGCCUCUCUGAUGGCCCCCGCGCCUCCCCGUUCCGCUACUCGCCAAAGCCGAACGUGAAAUGACUGAAGGCAUGGACGUAGCUCCAGACCUCCAGUAUGCCGGGUGAAAUGGCAGGGUUUAGUUCUGGUGGUGAAACUUGGGGUGGGGGUGGCUGGUUUGGGGCUGAAUGUUGGCGUCGAACCUGAAUUGCUGCUUGUUGUAGAUUGACAUGUGCACAAAGGAUAUAGGUGAAAAGGAGGUGUAGGUACGAGGAUCUCCUUUGUGGAUGGUUUCGCUGAGGUUUUAGCUGAAUGCUGAUGGACCGUUUCUAUAUAUGUUUUGUCCCAAUCAAGGUAGCUUGGGUGAUUUCCUGCACAA